AUGAAACAUCUAAAAAGAAUUUCCCAUACAUAUUAUGCAUCGAUCCUGAAGUUACAUGUUAGAUCAUCUAAAAAGAUACAAAAUGAAGAAGAUAAUGAAUCUUCUAUAUCUUCUGAUAAUUCUUCAGAAUAUAUUGAUAAUGUAGAAGGCGUCUCAUAUGAUAAUGUUUCAGAAUAUAUUAAUACAGAAAGUGUUGCUUUGAUGGAAGACGUCUCGUAUGAUAAUGUUUCAGAAUAUAUUAAUACAGAAAGUGUUACUUUAGCUAUUGAAGAAAAACUGAAGGUAGAGAGCUCUAACAGUUAUAUCUUAUCAGAAAUAAUAAUAAAUGAAAUCAAUUAA